AAAUGAGGCCUGGUUAGAUUUGUGAGGAGCCCAUUUGAGAUAUUAUAUAUUUGAGUCUGUGAUUUCAGGGACAACAAUGGACACCCAGAAGGACGUUCAACCCCCAAAGCAGCAGCCAAUGAUAUAUAUCUGUGGAGAAUGUCACACAGAAAAUGAAAUAAAAUCAAGGGAUCCAAUCCGUUGCAGAGAAUGUGGAUACAGAAUAAUGUACAAGAAAAGGACUAAAAGACUGGUGGUUUUUGAUGCUCGAUGAAACAUGAAAUCAGAGGAAUUUCUUCAUUUGGAUUUGGAUUUGCUAUUAAUGUCAUAUAGCUUUUGAUUAGUGUACUUUAUGAAUACAACUAUAUACACAUGAUUUCAUUGUAAAAACCAUAUUGUAUUUAGGUAUCUAUUAAUAGCUUAUAUAAAGAUAUUUUUG